AUGGGAGAAGUCGCCAACGUUAUCGUCGCUUUCGCAGUAAUUGUCUUCCUGUUCAAGUGGGUGACAUCCUCAAGUAGUGGAACUCCGGACAGGACUGCGGCCGAUACCCUUGGCUUCAGACCGAAGAAUGCCACCCAGGAUAUGGUGGACACGGUAUCUGCAAUGUUCCCGGAUAUACCACCAGAUAACAUCCGCUACGACCUUUUGAGGACCGGAAAUGUCGAACUCACAACCAAUAAGAUCCUUGAGAAGGGUUUCUUGGAGGCUCCCCCGCCAGCCUACUACACUCUAUACCCGCGAACGCAGAACCCCGCGCCCGCCCGACCAGCCACACGGAAUACCGCCGCUUCGACGUCGAAGCAGCCACAAGAAAGUCUCAUAAGUCGCUAUAGCCUCCAGGACCGAGUGGCGAACCAGAAACCCGACGACCCUCCCGUGUCGGAGCAGGAGAUCGGGGGGAAGGCUGUUUGGGAGGACACGCCGGAGAAGCGCGAAGCGAGCCUCAGAGAGCGUAAAGCUCAGAUGAUCUUGGCGGCGAGACAGUGA